AUGAACCUCGCCGCCCCGCGACACCUCAGUCGCCAAACGCGCCGUCUAGCGCAGCGUCGCAUUCUCCCGCAAUCCGUUCACCUCCGACCAACACCGCGAACAACACCGUCCUCCCCGACUCUCCCUCCGAACCUCACCCCAAUCCGACAAUUCAACCUCCCAUCUCUCUCCUCCCUCCUCCCAUCCUCUCCCAACAACAACAAUAACAACAGCAAUGGCAACGGCUCCGGCCGCACCCUCACCGCGACCCGCACACUCGCCUACCCGCCCGCACCGCUCUUCGACGUGAUCGCCUCAGUCGAAUCCUACUCGCAAUUCCUCCCCUUCCUAACCGAGUCGACCGUGACCGCGCGCGAUCCGCAGACGGGGUAUCCGUCGCGCGCGUUUCUGACGGUCGGCUACGGCCCCCUCAGCGAGACGUUCACGUCGCGGGUGGACUGCGACCGCGCCCGGUGGGUGGUCGAGGCGCGCAGCGGGGCGAAGUUCGGGGUCGAUUCGAAAGACGGCCAGGAUCCGAGCGGGUUUCCGGGCGCGAACGAGGGUAUCUUUGAGUAUCUGAGUACGAAGUGGGAGCUUGUGCCGCGCGGGGCGCAGACGGAGGUGCGGUUGCAGAUCCGGUUUGAGUUUCGGAGUCAGUUUCAUGCUAUGAUGAUGAGUGCGGUCGAGGCGCAGAUGGCUGGGGUUAUGAUUGAGGCGUUUGAGAAGAGGAUUGAGCAGGUUGUGCGGAGGUAG